AGGGCACAGCCCUCUUUGAAUCUACGGUCGCGCAUGCUUCGAUCUUACUUGUGAUCUUUAUGCUUUCAUCUCUCGUAACUUCCAACUGAACUACGGAUACUUACUCGGCCGCUUUAUUAUAUCAUGUUGGACAAUGACGGAACCUAUGUCGAAGCGUCAGAAGACCCAAAAGGGCAUUAUCCCCAUUAGUCUGCUACUUGCAGACGAUCCCCGCGAAAGUGACGAUACAAUAUGUUUCGGGAUGCUCGUCUUUGACGUAAAACAGAUUUCUACAGUACCAGGUGUCUACGGCAACCUACGGCGCAGCGACGAUGGAACUUUGUUUUCUAUGGCUUCUCCAAUUCCCUUGGCCUCUCUACAGAAAAGAGACAAUGAACUGCUCGAGCUCUUCCGUAACGAGAAUGUGAGUGUCGAGUUACGUCUUGAGUUGAAAGACCAUCCAAAAAGAUUAGGCACUACACAGCAAGCAACGGCGAUACUUUACGGCACCCCAAACCUUGCUUCAGAUAUAAAGGAGACUCUAGGCAGUCUUGAGCUUUACUUGCAAGAUCCUAUACAUGCCACAAAAGAUUUGCCGUAUUCGAACCCGCAGAAAUUGUACAAUUACCCCGGAGCCCGGACGUCGCUGUUGGGGGCCUCUCAGUACCAACAAGUAACUAAAGCCCAAUUGACGCCCGUGGAUAUUCUCAGUGAAUUUGUCUCUUCAGAUGGUAUAGACGAAACGGAAGGCUCGCAGUACCUUCUAACGCCGCUUCAAACUCACCAGAAACAAGCUCUGACAUUCAUGGCCCGUCGAGAGCAGGGAUGGAACUUAUCUCAAGCCAAGAUGGAUGUCUGGUCUUUUCAGCAUGACGUGAAUCAUAAUAUGAAGUAUCUUAAUAACAUUGACCAGUCCCUCCAUGAUCAGUCACCACCGGUAUUCCGUGGAGGUAUCAUUGCCGACACCAUGGGUUCCGGGAAAUCUCUUAGCAUGAUAUCACUCAUCGCCCAUGAUAUACCUUCCCACAGCACUGACACGGGGGAUUGUCAGUCAGGCAAAACAAAAACCACGCUUGUAGUGGCUCCAGCUAGCGUUCUAAAUCACUGGAAGGCCGAGUUUUCUAAACAUGUUCGAAUCGACGCAAUUUCGUGGCGAUGCCACCACGGAUCCACGAAAAUUACAGAUCCUGCAGACCUGAAGAACUUGGACGUUGUCUUGACAACGUAUCAGACACUUAGUGCCGAAUGGAGGGUGAAGAAGACAUCCAGUUUUUUCUUUUCUUACCACUGGCACCGCGUAAUCCUAGAUGAAGCACAUUGGAUCAAGAGUGUGUCUGCAAUAACCACACAAGCAGCAUAUGCCAUUCCAGCAAAUUGUCGAUGGGCUGUCACUGGAACGCCCAUACAGAAUCGACUCUCCGAACUACACAGUCUGCUACUAUUCAUUCGCAUAUAUCCUUAUUCAAAUAAGGACAUUUUUGACGAACACAUCAUCCAUAUGUGGCAAGAUGGAAAAGAGACAGAAGCCAUUCACCGCUUAAAAAGACUUCUGAAUUUUAUCAUGCUACGACGCUCUAUACAUCACAUCACACUUCCAAAACGUCAAGACUUGAGAUACGAGCUUGAUUUCACUUCUGAAGAGCGGAACUCAUACAAAGCUGCGAAAGAUAGGGCUAUACAAUGCAUUGAAGACUUUUUACAGUCUACUCCCGUUCAGGGAGGCUAUCGCAAUGCUCUUAAGAAGAUUGAGACACUAAGGCAAAUCUGUAACUUUGGCAUGCUUCCAAAAACAGACAAAGUCGACGAUGAAAAGAUCAAGUACGUUGCGGAAGCGCAAUGGAAUGAAAAUACGGCGGCUUUGGCCUUUCGACAAUUCACAUCUCUCGGGUUAUCCACGGAAUGUCGUGGGUGUGGAUCAACGUUGGAUUAUGGUUCCAUUUCAUCUGAUCGACCAAUUCGAGCUUUUUUGUCCAAGUGUUUACAUUUAUUGUGUGGUAAAUGUUACGAGCCAAUAUUGUCUCAAGUCGGGUACCGUCCACUGUGCCCAUGCAAGGAGAUGUGUGCUAUGUCCAUGGUGCACCUCGGGAACUCCACAACCGCAAUCAGCGCGAGUAUUCCCUAUGACAGACACAGUCGCCAGUUUCCAACCAAAAUACGAGCCUUGGUGGACGAUUUAAGGAAAGUGUCUCCUAAUACGCAAAGUGUUAUUUUCUCUUUUUGGAAAGCAACUAUAGAUCUCGCCGCCACGGCCCUUGGCUAUGAAGGCAUAACUUAUGCUCGAAUCGACGGAGAUGUCAACUUCAGGAAACGAGUCGAAACUUUCGAAGACUUCUCCAAGCAAAGAUACCAGGUCUUAUUGAUAACUCUAUCAUGUGGCGCAGUUGGGUUGAAUUUGACGUCAGCAAGCAGAGCGUAUCUUAUGGAGCCUCAAUGGAACCCGGCGAUAGAGGAGCAAGCUCUUGCACGAAUUCACCGAAUCGGGCAAACCAAAGAGGUUACAACAGUACGCUUCACUAUCAAAGACACGAUAGAGGAUUACGUUAUCGAUGUUCAAGACAGUAAAAAAGAUCUCGUGACAGCACUGCUAUCAACGCAGGCAUCUAGUUCAGGGGUGUCACAAGAACGACUCAAGGAACUACGAGACCACCUACGGUAGAUCCGAUCAACAGUAAAUUGAUAUUAAGAACAAUAUAUAUGAGGGAUACGAUGCUGGAAAAGUACUCUCCAACAUCUGCAACACCUAAUAGACAUAUUUAGAUUUCCUAACAGAGAAAGCUUGGCCAAGUUCCUCGGAGAUACAACACUCUACUAAAGACUUGAAGAUGAUCGGAAACGGAUUUAAGUUAGUAUCGGGGAUAGAAUUCGGAACAAUCUCAUGUUUCAGUGGAGUCAUUGUCAGCAUUGCUUUAGAAGUAGCCAAUCAGGUGCCCAAUUCGCUCGACUUCCACAGCAAGAAGUAGUCAUACAAUUCCACUUUGAUACAUCGCGUCAUAGGGGAAAUAAAAAUGCUUCCAGAUAUUUUUUUCCUGCUUGGGAAUAGACUCAAAUGCAUUUCAUGCCGUAGUCUGUUCGAUG